AUGUCCGGUGGCUUAAAUUCUGUUGACAGUGGAGACCAGAAUCCACUGUUGCGAUUGCAACGCACCAGCCCGACGACAAAACCAGUGGCAUUUUCUCUAAGAACAAAUGUCGCAUAUGAUGGAAAUUUGGAUGACGACUGUCCAUUACAAGGGCAUGCAAUCUCAUUUAAGACUCAAGAAUUUAUACAUAUCAAGGAAAAGUAUGAUAAUAACUGGUGGAUUGGUCGUCUUGUGAAGGAGGGAUCUGAUCURUGCUAUAUACCAUCCCCUACCAAACUCGAAAUGAUGCGUAUGGUUAACCAAUCAGCAAGUUCAACCAAAAAUUCAAUAUCUUCAAACUUGGAUGGUAGUUCUACUUCAGGAGGUGGGCAUAUAUCUGCUCUAACUGUUCCAGCAGUAAAAUAUAAGCGAAAUAUAUUUUUUAAGAAACAAAAAAUUUCACCACCCCCUUAUGAUGUGGUUCCUUCGAUGAGGCCAAUUGUAAUAGUUGGGCCAUCUUUGAAGGGAUAUGAAGUGACUGAUAUGAUGCAAAAAGUAAUAUUCAACUUUUUGAAACGCCGUUUUGAAGGAAGAAUCAUUAUUACCCGCAUAAUGGCUGACAUAUCCUUGGCUAAAAAAUCUCUCUUUACUGAUCCGUCGAAAAUAACUACCAUUAGAAAUAAACCGGGUUCGCGAUCGGAUACUAUUGCUUGCGUGCAGGAACAAGUUGAACGUAUUUUUGAAUUCGCUCAAUCAUUACAGCUUGUUGUUUUGGAUUGUGAUACCAUCAAUCAUCCAUCGCAAUUGGUAAAAACUUCUCUGGCGCCAACCAUGGUAUAUUUAAAAGUCAAACCACAAAUACUACAGCGGUUAAUUAAAUCACGAGGCAAGYCACAAUAUCGACAUCUCAAUGUUCAAAUGGUUGCAUCUGAAAAGUUGGCCCAAUGCCCAUCAGAAAUGUUUGACGUGAUAUUGGACGAAAAUCGGUUUGAAGAUGCGUGUGAUCACAUAGCUGGGUUCUUGGAGUCUUAUUGGCGGGCGACACAUCCACACCAGAUUCAGGACUCUAACGAACAGCAACUUCUUACGAGACCACUCAAAAAAUCACCGAAAAUAGAUCUAUCCAUGAUAAUACCAUUGACAAACGUUUGCUCUUCUUUGUCAG